AAGCCCCAAAGAAGUCUAGUGGCGACUGUCGUGGCGAGCGCACCGGGAGAGAAAAAUUAACUAUUCGUAGUUUUAUGAACAUAGCGGAACACUGUGUAAAGCACGCGCGAGUCUGUUCUUCCGUCUCACUCUGCCCCACACGAACAUACACGAACCGAGGGAAAUACCUGUACAGCAGGCAAAGACUUCGUUUGUUUUGUGGUAGCUGCAAAAACACGGUGCAUGGAGAAUCUGAAAAUCUUUUUGUUUAACAAGGUUUGCCCCAAGAUCCAAGUGUCAAUUGGGAAUUUAAAGCCAUUGUCAGGCUAUUCAAAAUUCACGUUCUUACACCAGGCAAAUUAACGAAAGGCAGCAAAGACUGCAAACAUCUGUCCUCAAAAAAUCGAUCCAGACAAUUGGCGAAAUAUUUGUGCGGGUUUAACAAUCAUUAAAUGGUAUUUUCGACAUUAAUUUUCGUUAUAUUUCGGCUUGCAAAACAGUUUUAAGCGGUGGAAGCCUCAGCUCGAGUCGAGUAUAAAACGGUAUAUUACGUUGAUAGUAAAAACAAAAGCGCAACAACCGCGGUGCUUAGUCAUCCGUGCGAGAGAUUCGCCGCUGCUGCUGCUGCUGCUGCUGCGAGAGAUUCGCUGAGGAGGUUGUAUCUCCCAUACGAAUUCCAUUCCAAAGGAACUUCCCAACCCAAGUCGUUCAUUGCAUCAGUUUGAGCAACGCCUACAACGACACGCCAGUGAUUACAACAGCAACAACAUACGUCAGAAACACACCAGCAACAACGUCAAGGCAAAUCGGUGUAAUAACAGCAACAUCAACACAGCCACUGCAUAGAUAUAUAGAGAUAUAUAUCGUAAGUGUGGUAACCUGUUGUUUGUUUGCCUUGCAACCUCUCUACCACAUCUGAAAUUGGUCAUUUGUGUGCGGUUUACAUAUAGAGAGGAGAGCGUAGCAGGCGGGCACACCUGUUUGGUGGCGGCGGCGACUGGCGACUGGCGACUGGCUACUGCACGGGUCACUGGAAAGCAACACAAUGACGCGCCUCACGGAGGAAAUGGUCAUCGCUCGGGCCAAGCAAUCGGAUCUGGGCCUAAUUACAAAACUAAAUUGCUGGGGCAGUGAUCUCACCGAUGUAUCCAUCAUCAAACGCAUGCGUGGUGUCGAGGUGCUGGCGUUAAGCGUCAAUAAAAUCAGCACCUUGGCACCCUUCGAAGACUGCUCGAAGCUGCAGGAGCUUUAUCUGCGCAAGAAUCACAUUCAGGACAUCAAUGAGAUUGCCUACCUGCAGAAUCUGCCCGCACUGAAGAAUCUCUGGCUGGAGGAGAAUCCCUGCUGUGAACAGUCUGGCUCCAACUAUCGAGCGAUCGUAUUGCGCGCGCUGCCCAAUCUGAAGAAACUCGAUAAUGUGGAAGUCACACAGGAGGAGGUGGACGAUGCCUUGCGGCGUGGCGGCGGUUCGGUGCCCGAGGAUGAGGUCUACGAAGAUGCCUAUGAGGCGCGACAGCAGCAGCGUACAUCGCCGCAGCAUAGCUACCCCACACACUCGCCGCCACCGCAGCAGCAGCAGCAGCAGCAGCAGCAACAGUAUCAUCCACAAACGCAGCAACAACCUCAACAGCAGCCACAGCAGCAGCGACAGAGUUCGAGUCCCAUUAUGAGAGAGCCGCUUUUGUUAGCCAGCCCGCUGGGUAAUCACAGCAGCGAAGGGGCCAACACACCCAGUGCCAGCGAUCUGGGUGGCAGCCAGGUGCUGCCAGUGCAUGGCUCCAAGCCGCCAACACCCACCAAGGAACCCGUGCAUCCGCCAUCGCCCAUGUAUAACACGUUAACCAAAGAGCAGCGCACUUCCUAUCAGCAAUACGAUCGCUCGCCGGGCUCUGACCAGGAGAGCAGCCCAAAUGCUGGCUAUCGGGAGGUGCGACCAGCGCCCAUCCCGCCCAGCAUAUCCGCACACUCCAUGAAGGAAUACUAUCAGUCGGAUCGACCGGCAUAUCCGGCACACUAUCGCCAUAGCCAGACGGACCUCACCGAAUGGGAGGAGCAUCAGCAGCAUCAGGUGCCGCAGGUCCAUCACAAUCCGUACGGCAGCCAGAUGCUGAACCAUCCACAACGUCGCAGCGUUGGACCUGAGAGCGGGGAGCGUUUCACUGGCUAUCGGAAUGGAAGUGCGCGGGAAAACGGUGGCGAUUGGGAUCCAGAGGAAAGACCGCGAUCGAGACGCCCCGAGGGUCGUUAUAGCGAUUCCACCAACAACGUGUCGGCCUCCGUUGCGAAUCAUUACUCGGGUUAUCAUCGACGACCUAUUAACCGGAGUUCCAAUCUACUGUCUGCCACGCUCUGCCUGGUCAAAGAGCUUGACUACGCCAGCCUGGAGGUGCUCGAGCACGCCGUGCGCUGUCGCAUCGAUGAGCUGGCGACUGAAUGAUGAAGACGUCUCUCUAAUCGCAUGUCGAUUAGCUAAUGCCCGUCGCAUACCCUGGCACGCGCACGCGUAACAAAUACAAAUGACCAGAA